CAAGUAAGACCGGCGACGGACCGGCGACGUGGUGUGAUUCCUGGAAUAUAACUACGUUAAAUUAUUUUCAUUUUGUUCUUUUAUGGGCUAAGACUGCUUUCUGGUGUUUUAUAAGAGAAGAUGGCCUUAGAUUUGAGACUUACGGACUUACUGGAUCGUGACAGGCUGCCAGGUGGUGGAGGACCAUUACCACUAUUGUUAUACAUUCCAUGUGGCCUCCUGCUUGUGAUAUUUAGAAUCUUCUUUGGACUUCAGCUCCUUCUUAUGUUGACAGUGUUACCCAAAGGAUCAAUAAUAAGGAGGAUUCUUCUCAGAGUAUCUAGUAAGAUAUUAGGGAUUGCUGUAACCCAUGAGGGAUUUGAAAACUUUAAUAAAGAUCAGCAUAAGCUUGUUGUCACCAAUCAUGUUACAUGCCUGGAUAAUGUUGCCGUUGAAACAAUACUUCCUAGUGUUAUGCCAUACAGCAGAUGUGAUUGUCCAUGGCUUUUAAAGUGGGUCCUAGGGUAUCAAGAAUUUAGUGUUGACAAACAAAGAGAAAAUGUAGACAGAGAGAUUAAAGAGUACUUACAGGGGUCUGACUUUCCUCUUCUGGCAUUUCCAGAGGAAAAAAUAACCAAUGGAAAGAGAGGCCUUUUAAAAUUCAACUCAUGGUGUUUCCAGUUUAGCAGCACUGUAUUACCUGCAGUAAUCACAGUGAGACGCCCUCUUUUUGUCCCAAUACCCCCUCAUGUUUUAGGAAGUGGUUGGUGGCAGGACUUUUCCUGGUCUUUGUUUGUACCAUAUACACUUUACAAUAUAAGAUUUCUUCCUCCAGUAGAAUCCAAAGUAGAAUCCAAAGCAGAAGACAUUUCCAGUGAUAUACAGAAGCACAUGGCUAGUUCCUCUGGGCUGACACCCACAGGCUUCACUGCUCAGGAUGUAAAAGACCUGGAAGCAGUUCAUAAAAAUCCCCAAUCUCAGGAACCUAAGUCAGCCCCAAAUGGAAGCACCCCUCCCAGUCAGCCCCUGAACAGUACAAGUCGAAACACAAGGCUGGCAAGAAUGGUACAGCAGGUUAGAGAAGUACUUCCUCAGGUUCCCUCAUCAGCUAUAUCAAGAGAUUUGAGUCAGACACACUGUGUUGAUACAACUAUCACCAAUAUUUUGGAGGGAAGAGUCAGCUACACACCAGAGAAAGAGGACAGGGAAGCUAAGUCAGAUAGUGAUGGGAAGACUGCCUCUUCAGGGAAUGCUAAUGAAAAAACUUCAACUACACCUCAAAUAAAAUUUUCACGAAAUUCAGAGGAAAGGCAAAGACUUCUUAAUCAAAGGAAAGCACAAAUGCUUGAGAAUGCAAGAAGGCGCUUUAGAGAUAAUCAGCUUUAAGACUAGGAACACUGAUGAUCAUAAUUAUUUUGUGUUUCUUGGAAGUCACCUGUUCCAUACUUCACUUUAAAGUUUGUUUUCCCUGAAAUACAUGUUAGUUUGAUAGGGGUAUCCUAGUCCCCAUCUUUGUUUAGCAUCUUUUGCUUCAAAUUCGUAGUUUAUAUAUAUUUAUCAUCCAUAAUUAUUAUUUUUAUCUUCCUGAUAAUUCAUACUUAGUCUGGCAGAUCUAUGAGUUUACAUUGUCUUUUCUCCAUAUCUGACUUUUCACUUGUGGCUUGGGGUUUUGUGUGCUUCGAGUAUGUUGUGUAAUGCCAGUUGAUAUUUAAUAGAAGAAGAUGACUUAAUUUUUAGAACAAGUAGUUUAUGAAUUGCUCCCUAUUAAUAAUUUUUCACACAAAAUCCAGAGGGAUGCACUAGGUGAAUUGAUUUUAGGAUAAAGUUUGUCAUGUACCUAAAGUAUGUGUACUUGACAUUCUAGCUGGGUGAUAGACUUGGAGAUAAAUAUUGGAAUGCAUACUGAGUCAAGAAAAAAUAGUAACCUACUGGGUAAGCAACAUGUCGGGUAUUGUUAAAAAUAUUUUUUCAGAUUUCAAUGUAAUGUUGUCGGAAUGCAUUGACCAACACCAACAUUUAGUAUUAUAGAAUAUUCACUUUUUUAAAAUUUCAAAAGAUAUCAGGCACAUACAGUGUAAAUCCUCAAUAGGACCUCAAUAGAAGUGUCAUUCUGUUGGGAACCAAUAAGAGCUAGAAAGCCAACUGGCCUUCAAAACUCCUUACAAAUGAGAGGGUGAAUAGGGUUGUCUAUCAUUAAUAAUUAUUCCUAUAAUAAUUGAUUUUCCUAAGAGUAACUAGAGUAUAAAUGUUAGUAGUAACAGGUUAUAUUAUUAAUAGCUGCAUAUUAACAUAUUUAUGAAAAGUGAAUCCUACUUGAGCAGAAAGCAGGCCUAAAAGUAUAGUUGGGUUUGUGAGAUGAAUAAAUGCAUAACCUAACCCUUUCAAGUUAUUGUUGGAUGUUGUAGUGUUUGCAUAAUGCAAACAUUUUUUUUCAACAAUCAGGGCUGGGUCUCCUUCCAGUAGUGUUUUUGAAUUGCUCCCAGUUUGACUCCUCAAAACAUCGUGAUCAAGUUUUACAGUAGAACCCAACCAACUAACUAAAACCAAUUAACUAUAACCAACUAAAAAUUGCUCCCAGUUUGACUCCUCAAAACAUCGUGAUCAAGUUUUACAGUAGAACCCAACCAACUAACUGGGUUUAUUUUAAUCAAUAAAUAGUUUAAUCCGGUGUAAAAGGAGUCCAUGCUAUAGGUAAAUGAAUAAAGGAGUAAGUUCUAAAGAAACUGUGGUGCUGUAUUGGUGGGAGAGUAUAGCAGGUAAUUUAGUGUUAACAACUGAGUUGAAAACGUAAAUUAGCCACCAUAAAGGGUAAAAAAGCUGACAUUUCAAGCAUUAGCCCUUCAUCAGAGUGAUUUGUUGAUGAUUCAUCAGAGCCCUCCAUCUAUU